GUUGAUGUGAGCGCGAAUAUUCUUCAACCGAACUGGCCGACAGCAACGCUGAUGAUGAUGAUGAGGAAGCCAAAGUUGUUUGUUGGGGUGGUUGCGCUGCUGGGUGUGGUGGGCGCAUGCAUCACCCCAGCCUGCUGUGCAAAGGAUGAGCACACGUUUGACAAGGGUGAUAAAGUGCCCAUGUACGUGAACAAAGUGGGGCCGUACUUCAACACCCACGAAACGUACCACUACUACUCGCUUCCCGUGUGUCGCCCCGACAAGGUGGUUUCCCGGAGCCUGACGCUGGGUGAAGUGCUGGACGGAGAUCGAAUGGCAGAGGCUCUGCACGACAUUCGAUUUCGCGAGAAUCUGCCGAGAACGGACUUGUGCACAGUUCGCUUGACACCGAGCGACAUCCAUACCCUCCGCGAUGCCAUCGACGAUCUGUACUACUUUGAGUUUAUCAUCGAUGACAUGCCUGUGCGCGGGUUUCUCGGGCAGUUGGAGGAGCACGUGAUUGACUUUCCAAACACAUACAAAACGUACUUGUGGACGCACAUGCACUUCCACCUGCAGUACAACGACGACAGGAUUGUGGCGGUGAAUGUGAGCGAGAAGAGCGUGGAGGUUGAGCUGCCUCCUCCUUCCUUCCUUGCGGAGGCGGAGGAAGACACGUUUGAUGUCACGUACACCUACAGCGUCGAGUGGUCCGAGAACAAGCAGAUUUCCUUCAAGAACCGCGGCCAUCACGGCAAACCGUUCUUUCCGCACACUCUCGAGAUCCACUGGCUGUCCAUCAUCAAUGCUGCCGUUCUCGUCGUCCUCCUCGUCGGAUUCGUCUCCGUCAUCAUGACCAAGGCGUUGAAUCGCGACUUUGCGCGGUAUUCGCGGGACGACGACGAGCUGGACCAGGGCGCGGACGAGGACCAAGGGUGGAAAAUUAUCCACAGCGACGUGUUUCGCUUUCCCUCGCACAAAAGCAUCUUGUGCGCCGUUGUUGGCAACGGCAUCCAGUUUAUCACCAUCAUCGGCCUGCUGCUGCUGUUUGCUGUCCUCGGCGCGUUCAACGUGCGCCGCCAUCACGCCAUGUCCACGGCAGGCGUCCUCCUCUACGUCGCCACGGGAUUCGUUGCCGGCUUCUUCUCCACCCGCCUCUUUGUCCAGCUCGACGGACAGGGGUGGGCGUGGAACAUUGUGCUGACAUCGUGCCUUUUCACGCUUCCAUUCUUCAUCUCAUGGAGCUUCAUCAACAGCGUUGCAUGGGCGAUUGGGUCGACGCAGGCGCUGCCGGCGACCACCAUCAUCCUGCUGAUGCUCAUCUGGGUGCUCAUUGGCUUCCCGCUGACCGUCAUUGGCGGCAUUGUUGGCAAAAACAGCGCAGGGUCGUUCAAUGCGCCGUGCCGGACGAAGAACAUUGCGCGUGACAUCCCGCUGCAGCCGUGGUACCGCGCAGCGUCGACACAGCUCGUCGUGGGCGGAUUCUUGCCGUUCAGCGCCAUCUCGGUUGAGCUGUACUACAUCUUCGCCACCGUUUGGGGCCGCGAGCUGUACACCCUCUACGGCGUGCUCCUCCUUGUCUUUACCAUCCUCCUCUCAGUUGCUGCGUUCUUCUCGAUUGCGCUGACGUACUUCCAACUCAGCGGCGAGGACUAUCGCUGGUGGUGGCGCUCCAUCUUCGCUUCCGGGUUUACGGGCGUGUUUGUGUUUCUGUACGGCAUCUUCUACUUUGUCGAGCGGUCAAACAUGUCUGGCAUGCUUCAGACGGUGCAGUACUUUGGGUAUCUCUUCAUCGCGUGCUAUGCGCUCUUCCUCAUGCUUGGCUCCGUUGGCUUCCUCAGCUCCCUCUCCUUUGUUCGAUACAUCUACAAGAACGUCAAGUUGGACUGAUCUGUCAGUCUGUCUGUAUUUGUGUGCGGGUGUGUGUGUGCUGUCUGUCUGUGCUUGGUUCGUGCGUGUGUGUUUGUGAGUGCGUGCGUGCGUGUGUGUGUGUGUGUGUGUGUGUGUGUGUGUGUGUGUGUGUGUGUGUGUGUGUGUGUGUGUGUAUUUGUGUAUGUACCUCCCUGUCUCGCUCUGUCCCUCUGUGUGUCUGUGACAUGGUGUGCGUGUGUGUGCUGUGUGGUGUGCGUCAAUGUGCUUAUCGGCUACUGUUCAAGUGGCCCUCUGUUAUCCAAUUGUGGAGUACAACAUUCGCCAACGCCA